UCGGGCCAGGUCUGGCUGACGGACGUCCGCCUCUCUGUCUGGGAGCUCUGCUCGUCCGGCAGCCUGGGCCCGUCCACCUGCUCCGGAAUCUUCAUGCAGACAAGUCCCCUCAUCUGGGAAGCCUCAUCCGGAGAAAUGGUCCCCGGGCUCCAGAACGAAGUUGGGCACGUCUGUGGCUCCAAGGACAAAAGGGCCUCACGCAGUCGACAACCAGACGGACGGGUCGUAGUAGACGGCCUUCCCCGAGUCCUGGUGACGCAUCAGAAGAGCCUCCAUCUCGGACUGGUUAGGUUUUCUCGACCUCCUCCUCUCCCUUCAUCACCAACUGGUACGUGGCCACCUGAGGCGCGUAGGCAGAACACAAAUACUCCAUCGGACCAGGCAUGGCAGACGGACGGUCUCCUUUCCGCCUGGGAGCUCUGCUCGUCCACCAGCUCCAGACUCUCCAUGCAGACAAGUCAGCCACUCUGGGAAGCCUCGGCCGGAGAAAUGGUCCCCGGACUCCAGGACGAUGGAGGCCACGUCGGCGGCUUCAAGGACAAAAGAGACCCACUCAGUCGACAACCAGACGGACGGGUAGUAGCAGACUGCCUUCUCCGAGUCCUAGUGACGCAGCAGAAGAGCGUCCAUCUCGGAUUGCUUAAAUGUUCUCCUCCUCCUCCUCUACCUUCAUCGCCAACUGGCACGUGGCCACCUGAGGCGCGUAGGCAGAACACAAAUACUCCAUCGGGCCAGGUCCGGCUGACGGACGUUCGCCUCUUGGCCUGGGAGCUCUGCUCGUCCGGCAGCCUGGGCCUGUCCACCUGCUCCGGAAUCUUCAUGCAGACAAGUCCGCUCCUCUGGGAAGCCUCGGCCGGAGAAAUGGUCCCAGUGCUCCAGGACAACGGAGGCCACGUAGCCGGCUCCAAGGACAAAAGAGACAAACCCAAUCGACAACCAGACGGACGGGUAGUAGCAGACGGCCUUCCCCGAGUCCUGGUGACGCAUCAGAAGAGCCUCCAUCUCGGACUGGUUAGGUUUUCUCGACCUCCUCCUCUCCCUUCAUCACCAACUGGUACGUGGCCACCUGAGGCGCGUAGGCAGAACACAAAUACUCCAUCGGGCCAGGCCCAGCAGACGAACGAUAUCCUCUCCGCCUGGGAGCUCUGCUCGUCCACCAGCUCCAGACUCUCCAUGUAG